AUUAUUACCAACAUUAUGUCGCAGGAACUAUCGGACAAAGUCAGCGACUUGUCAAUCUCCGACAAUGACACAUUGAACCAAUUUGAAUCAAUUACUCCAUUGACAGAACAGGAACAAGUGGACUUACAUGACAAAGUAACCAAGCUUUCCCAAAACCCACAAACCAGCAAAGCAAUAUACGAGCUAAUCAUAAAUGAUAGCAGCAAAUUCUUGCAUUCGCUCAAGAGAAUUCACGAUACUUCGGGUGUAAUAGUCACUCAUACAAUUCAAUCCACCACCGGAUCAGACAAGAUAGUCGACAAUUUACUUAGUUGCAUACGAGCAAUUCUCAAGAAUGACACGGAUCCAGAAUCAAGAUCUUAUUAUCUAGGAGUUUACAGUUCAUUAGUGAAUCACUUUCAGAUCUCUAACCCGCAGCAUUUGAACUUAUUCUUGACUUUUGCAAAUUCAGAUGCUGCACUCCAUAGAUCCAUACUAGUAUUGGUCAUUCAAAAUUUAAAAUUGGAAAAGGAAAAGACCAGUGAAAUCAUCAAGGAAUAUUUAGAAGUUGUUUGUGACGAAAAGUAUCUUGAUAAAGAAUCCUUUUUGAACUUUUUAAUUGUUCUCGAAAUGUGUUUUCCCUUAUUACCCGAAGUUUGUGCUGGGGUAUAUGGUGACGACAAAACCAAACAGCAUAUUAUGAGCAAGAUGGAAUUAGCACCUGAUUUGGAACUGAUGAGAUAUAUACUCAAACUAAUUGACUCCUCAUGUAUAGUUGAAACUUGCAGAAACGUUAAUGUAACGAAUUAUUUCCAAUUUCUCGUUCAAGGAUGUCUGUUCAAAAACGAUCAAAUCAAAGUAUUAUCCAGUCUUAAUCUUGUCAAAUUGUGGAAGUUCAUCGAUGCCAAAAAGAAAUCUAAUGACUUGAUAACCACCAAAUAUUUGGCUGAUAUACUAAUCUCAUAUCUCAAAUCACAUACUGAUGAGUACACCGAAUAUGCAAUUGAGGGAUUGAUGUACCUCACGCUUUAUUGGGAAGUACGACAAUUACUAAGAAUGGACGUGGAAUUGAUUGAACAACUACUUGAGAAACUCCAACAAUCGUCAACCGAAACUAAAGACCAUCAUGUUCAGGCAUUCAAUUUCCCAGUUCAAUACAGCAUUCUUUCUAUAUUUGCCAACUUGACUAAAAUGAAAGAUAUAAAUGACACAACACAACAAAACACUGCAAAUUUACUUAAAAACGUGGCAACACCAACGUCCAGAUCAGAAAAUGCAAAGGAAGACCAGAACGAAAUCAAGCUCUUCAACGAAGAAUUAUUAACUAAAUACAAGAUUCUUGAUAAGAUCACCAAACUAAAAACAAUCAAGGGUGCAUCAUCACAUAAUGCACUCAAUCAAGUCAUGAAAAUAAUCUACCAUUUCUCACCCCAGGACAAAUUGAUGAGGGUAGAACUUGUCAAACAAGGUGCAAUCAACAUCGUCAUCAGUUUCUUACUUAACCUGACCACUGUGGAUCACAAGGGAUCAAUAGUAUCUUCCCUUCCUAACCUGGACAAUCCUGAAUUGAUAGAGACCCGGGUGUUUGCAUUACGCAGUUUAGCACGCAUGUUGAUUGCCGUGGAUCCACACUUGUCAUUCAAGAAAUACGACAUCAAAACAACCAUACCACUUUUAAAAGAGCUUCUCGGUCCGGAUAUUUCAAAGUAUACUGGCAAUGUAUUGACUAAUGAGUCAUACCUCCAUGACAUGACUGCAUUAGAUAAGUUUGAAUCAUUACUAGCAUUGACCAACAUUGCAUCAAACGCUUCUCCUGAGUUGAAAAAGUAUAUAAUUGCCCAGACAUUCGACUCUUUUCUUGUCAAUUUCAUAGUUGAGUUUGAUGACGUGCGUAUUCAACAAGCAUCCUGGGAGUUGAUUGCAAACAUGAUAACUGAGCCAAUUCUCCUUGCCAAGUUCUUCAAUAUUCAGCAGACCGAGAAUAAGAAACGAUUGGAUCUCGUGGUGACAUUGUUGAAUUCCAAGAAUGUGAAAUUGCAAUGCAUUCUCGCAGGAUUGUUGGUCAAUGCCACUGAGUUUGACAUGAUAUGUGAGGUGCUUGUAACUAGCGAGUUUGACCAUCUUAUAGGUAUCAUCACCGAAAUUCUAGGUGGUCAAACCAACGAAGACGACUUGAUAUUACCCAUUGCAUACUUACUAGUUAACCUAGUAUAUGGAGCAGCCAACACCAGUGAAACUUUAUUAACUAAUCUCGCAUCAAAUACCAAACUAAAAGAAUCAAUUGCCCAAGUAUUGAAAGUGGUGAAAAAUAGGGAAAUUUUACAACCUAUACUCGAAGUAAUGAAAAUGAUUAAGUUUAAAUAAAUACACUUUUAUAGAAUAUAUUCAAAAAUGAAGAAGCCUUUGCGCAAGGGUAUCCUCCUUAUGCUCGACAUUCGAUAUCGACUGUCUUACCGUCUGUGCGGCCUUAUCUGUCUCCAAUUGCACUUUGAUUGCCUUAUGUAAAUUAGUCAAGUACUCAGCAAAACUAGGCCCACUAGUAGCUUUAAUAGCACCACCGAGUGCGUCUUCCAUCAAUAACUCUCUAAAUGCAAACUCAGCCCCAUCGAUUGUUCUACGGACAAUUUGAAUUCCGGCACUUCCCAAGCUAUUCAAGCCAACGAUAUGUGUUUGGAAAUAGUUGACCAAAGUACGGGCUUGGUUGGAAAUCUCAGUGUUCAAGUGUGGAAGUUCAUCCAUGAGUGGAUCAAUCUCUUUAACUGAUUCGAUAUUCUGGCCAAACAAAUCUUUAAGAAGCAUGAUGUUUGCUUCCGGAUCAACCCAGACAUAUACCUUGACUCCAUCACAAAGCAAAUACACACCACGAUCCAAAUUCUUGCUACUCAAGUCCUUAUACACGGGUAACGAAAUGAAUCCGGUUUGUUGGUCAAUAAUCCCUUCAUGUGGUUCUAAUGAAUGAAGUUCAACCAAUGCUGGGUACAAAUGGUACAUUAAUUUCUCUACAGGCAUAUUCAACAUUUGGUAGAUGUCAGCUAAUCUUGCAUCAGCACUAACACCAGUAGAGGCUCUCAAAGCACUUGUCUUGAGCAAGGAAAGAAUGUACAUGGGAAGAUGUCUAAGCGAAUCAGGGAAAAGCAACGAGUUGGACAUUGUUCGGGCUGAAUUGUGGUCGAAUUCAUUCAUGGCUCGGUACUGGGUGAAUACCUGGACUAAUUUGGUAUUAAGCGAUUCUCUUAAUUCAUUCAUGGGUUGUUUCCCAAUAAAUGAUAAUGUGUCCCUGACAAGAGUAGUAACCACGGCAUUUUCAUCACAAAAGUGGAAUGCAUCCUCUAGUCUUUCAGUGACUGCCAAUACCAAGUUCAUAACUCUUACUUUACGAACCCCAGUAGCAUCAGUAUAUAACAAAGCAGCCUGAAAAUGACAAUCAAGCUUAGUGCUUAAUUUACCAUCGUACUCAAACAAAACAGUAAAGGUUUGGUCCUUAGUAAGAAUAGGAAUGAGUGGAUCUUGAACAUUACCAAGCACAGCAUUGGUUUCAGCAAUUGAGGAACUGGUACCAUAAUAUUGAGAUACUUGAAGACCGUUAGAACAACGCACCUUUAAUUGUCCUUGAUAACCCUUUGUGCUCUUGUAAGAAUUAACUAUGUGCGCAGUUAAGGCUCUUGCAUCUCGUUCCAUGCUGAAAUUGGGCCAUCUACUUAUGUUCCCACCAGUUAUGUUGGCCAACCAUCCUACAUUGGAUAAGUCAACAGGGGUAUGCGAAAUAACAUGCACGUCCAAUCCCACAUUCUUUUCCACAAAUUCCUUACCCAUACUUCUAUAGUAAGCGUUAUCAGCAAGGUACAUUUUCUUUUCCAGCUCAAGUGUUCCGGAAGCAGCACGACCCACGGCUUGAUUAUCUUUAAACUUUAAUCCUCCUGGGCCCCAUGAUGGGAUAUUACACAAUGUAGAAAUAAUCUUACCACCUCCAUAUGGUUCCAAACACAUAGCAACAGUGCGGCACGCGGCAGCAAAACAAGGUUCUGGAUCAGCCACACGUUCAAACGACGACAAUCUUUCAAUAUAGUUUAAUGCAUCUUCAAUAACGGCUCGACUCUCUUGGGGAUCGACAAAGAGCCCUUCACUAAAUGGAACAAAGGGGUCUUCUAAAUCCGAGCUUAUGGUGACUUGAGCGGAUUCCAAUUGUGGUGA